AUGGAUUACGACGAGAUAUCCCAUGGCCAACAGGGUCAUGUCGAUGACAAUGACAAUGUCGUUACGCGCAACGAGACCACCAAUGCCCCUCGUGAUGAAGAAGAAAAGAUGCAACCCACCGCGCCCUUCGAAGAGAGAGAUAUUAAGGUCGGAUACAUGAACGAGGCGGACAGACAUGUCUACGAGAGUGGUAUUCAGAAGUUCAGUCGUCUGGGCUGGAAACGCUUGACUGUUGUUCUGAUCGUCGAAGCCAUUGCUCUGGGAAGUUUGUCUAUUCCCUCCACCUUCGCCACUCUUGGUAUGGUGGCUGGUGUGAUCUGUACGGUGGGCCUUGGUUUGGUCGCCAUCUAUACUAGUUGGAUUAUUGGAAAGGUCAAGCUUGCUUUCCCCGAGGUUGCUCACUAUGCCGAUACUGGUAGACUCAUGGGUGCUCGCCUUGGUUGCCCUCGCUUCGGGUUUGAGCUGAUCAACGCUAUGCUUGCCAUUCAACUGCUUUUCCUGACCGGAUCACACUGUCUGACAGGAACUAUUGCCUUUAUAAAUAUCACAAAAAGCGACAUCUGCUCUGUCGUGUUUGGUGUUGUUUCUGCCAUAAUUCUGUUCUUCCUCGCCGUCCCACCUAGCUUUACCGAGAUGGCUGUGCUUGGUUAUAUUGAUUUUGCCUCUAUCAUUAUUGCCAUCGGCAUUACAAUUAUUGCGACAGGCGUGGAUGCAAGCAAUGCCCCAGGCGGGCUUUCAGCUGUGGACUGGUCUGCUUGGCCCAAAGAAAACCUUACAUUUACUGAAGCCUUCGUUUCCGUGACCAACAUUGUCUUCGCCUACAGCUUUGCUCUUUGCCAAUUCUCAUUCAUGGAUGAAAUGCAUACCCCCCGAGACUACGUCAAAUCCAUCUGGGCCUUGGGAAUUAUCGAAAUCGUCAUAUACACUCUUACCGGCGCUUUGAUCUAUGCGUUCGUAGGACAAGAUGUUCAAAGCCCUGCCCUUCUUUCAGCCGGCAGUCUUCUCAAGCGUGUGGCCUUCGGUAUUGCACUGCCAGUCAUCUUCAUCAGUGGUUCUAUCAACACUGUGGUCUUUGGUCGUCUUGUACACGGCCGUAUCUUUGCCAACUCCCAGAUUCGGUUUAUUAAUACUAAGAUGGGAUGGUUGACUUGGCUUGCGGUUAUUGCCGCUGGCACAAUUAUUGCAUUCAUCAUUGCUGAAGUUAUUCCCUUCUUCAACGAUUUGCUCUCAAUAUCCUCAUCGCUCUUUAUUUCCGGCUUUACCUUCUACUUCCCCCCAAUGAUGUGGGCCUUGCUUCUUAAGAAGGGUAGCUGGCGGGAACCCAAGAACAUUGUGCUUGGUACGAUUAACCUGAUCGUGUUCCUCAUUGGAAUGAUCGUUCUUGUCGCGGGAACCUAUGCCAGUGUUGACGAUAUUGUCAACAAGUACGCUGCAGGCACCGUGCACGGCGUUUUCACCUGUGGCUCACCAGAGUAA